GCUUUUUAUUUUAUUUUAUUUUUAUUAUGAGUGCUCAACAAUUAGGGAAAUUCUUAGGGUUGUUUGGUGCCUUAUUUCUUGCCCAUUCAGCUUAUUCAACUUAUGAGCAUCUCGCAUACAUUAAAGCAGUUGAUGAAGUGAAUACAACACUUCCAAUAGAAAUCGUUACAGAAUGCUUAGUAUCAGCCUUUGUAGCUCUUGUUGGUGUCAUUCUAUCUGCAGACGCGUUCAAACCUAUCGCUAUGGAACUUGAAGUAGCAAAAAUGACAAUUGAUAAAAUCGAUACAAGACCUUCAUUUAUUACUUUCAAUCAUCGUAAAGUCAUUUCUAAACAAGUAUAGCAAGAUGGAAAAAACAAAAAAUUGAAUAAAGUUAAUUAG